CCAAACAGCAAUCUAAGCCUUUUACAAUGAUUGCUAGACAAACGCACAAUUAAAUGAUGGCUGCUGCUGUUAGCCCACAUUGUCAACUCCUUCACCACCCUCUUCGUCCUGGACAGCAUCAAUGCAAUGACCGCUCCCCGCCGGACGAUCCUCGCCUCCCUCCUCUUCAUCCUCAACAUCUGCUACAUCUGGCACAAACUGCCCACCAAGCCCAACCACACACUUGAGCAUCGGCAAUCGCAGCUCUGGCAUCAGCUCUUCCCGCUCCUGACCCAGCAUGCCCCCAACUGCCCACCACCCAUCCUCCACGGCACCGCCGGCACCCACCGAUUCGACUCCGCCAACCCCAUCCCUCGCGAGAACUACAUCAUCAACAGCGAAGCGAUUCUGCGCCCAAUGCAGACCGCACACGGCAGUUUCGUCCACGCCAUCCAGCACACCAAGUUCGGAAUCGCAUACAACCCCGAUACAAGAGGCAUCGUCACCGCAGCCGGAGGAACUUACCUCCCCACCUUCAUGGUGACCCUCAAACUUCUGCGCCGCACCGGCUCGACCCUCCCCGUCGAAGUCUUCAUGAAGGACUCCGCGGAGUACGAGGCUACCGUGUGCGAGACCAUUCUGCCGCCGCUGGGAGCGAAAUGCAUUCUCCUCUCCGACCUCACGCCAGGUCUGGACUUUGAGCGCAUCACCGGCUUCCAACUCAAGGCCCUGGCUAUACUCUUCUCCUCGUUCGAGGAUGUGCUCUGGCUUGACGCGGAUUGCAUCCCGCUGUAUGAUCCCAUUCCGCUGCUUACUUCUGAGCCCUUCACGACGAAAGGGCUUGUGAGCUGGCCCGAUUUUUGGGCUGAUACCGCUAGUCCGCUGUAUUUCGAGGUCUCGCAACAGAAAGAACCGGAUGUGACGGCAAGGGCAGCCAGCGAAGCGGGUAUGCUCCUGCUUUCUAAAAGGUCGCACUUCGGCAUUCUGCUGCUGGCUGUGUAUUAUAACGUAUACGGACCGGAGUUCUACUACCCCCUUCUCAGCCAGGGUGCCCCGGGCGCAGGGGACAAGGAUACCUUCCUCCAUGCUGCGGCCGCCAUGGAGACGGACUUCUACGCGGUGGGCGUACCCCCGGUGGACCUGGGCCGGAUGAAUACAGGCGGCAAGUCGACGGUAGCGCUCAAUUCAGGGUUCAUCCAGGCAGACCCCAUACAGGAUUAUGCGAGGGUCCAUUCGGGCGCAGAGAAUGGUAGUGCUCCGCGGGCGUUUUUCAUUCACGCGGGCAAUCCUGAGUUCAACCCGGGAAAGGAGCUGCUGGGGAGGAAGCUGAAGGGGUUAGAUCGACGGCCGGCCAGGUUGUGGACGUAUCCGCCUGAGGCGUUGGCUCGAGUGGGCUUUGAUGCGGAGAGGGUGUUCUGGGAGGGGACGGUUGCCGUGGCUUGCGAGAUGGGCGAGUUUUUCGAGUCGUGGGAGGGAAAACGGGGGUUGUGCGAGAAGGUACGGGCGCAUUUCACGGAAGUUUUCGCAGAUAAGGUGGGUGAUUAGGGAUCGUUAAUGUUUUAGCCUUUUUGAUCAUUUUGGUGUUUUUGAUUUUGUGUUGGCUCUUUGCAUGUUUGAAGCAUUGUUUUGGAAAAGUCACGAACCCUAGGCUAUUCACAUGUAUUUCGGUGAACUAGUGAGAAGGAAGCAAGGUUACUUCACCGCAGGGCCUAAUUAUAUCAAUACCUGUUUGCUAGCGGCGCUUAUUGACUCGUGCGGUGCUUGAUGAGACCCCACUCCUUGUUAUUGGUCCUUCUCGUGGCAUUGA